AUGGCGUGCAGCCGCCACACGCAGCCAGGCACCGCCACCUCUCCACGCAGAGGAGCGUGCAAAGACACGAGCGCCGCAGCGCCGGGCCAGCUUCCUGUGGGAGGCUCGGGCUCUGGGGGGGCUGGGGGGCCCGCGGGCUACGGGGGCCAUGGGGGUCACGGUCACGGGGGGCCCCUGGUGGAGCGAGGGGGCCUGGGCUCUGUGCUCAGGGACCUGGUCAAGCCUGGGGACGAGAACCUGAGGGAGAUGAACAAGAAGCUGCAGAACAUGUUGGAGGAACAGCUGACCAAGAACAUGCACCUACAGAAGGACCUGGAGGUCCUGUCUCAGGAGAUCGUACGCCUCAGCAAAGAGAUCAGUCCUGGGCCAGCUGCUCAGGCUUCGGGCUAGGUCUAACUCCUGCACACCUGGCCCUCUCUCCCCUGCGCCCUGGGCUGGGUGUAAACACUGGACCAUGUCACCGCCUCCCUCCUGCGUCUGAUUGUCAUCUCACGUGGCUCAACCUGUCUGUCUUCAGCUGGGCGCCUCCUCCUCUCCCCCCCUCCUCCCUCUCUCCUGGCUCCCUCUCUCCGGCUGGCAGCAUGAGGGGGCUGCGUGGAUGGAGGGAUGGAUGAGAACUCAGUAGAGGACGGGGAGAGGGACGGAGGAGGAGGAUGGAGGAGGAUAAGACGGGGUUAAUGUUUGCUACUGCUUUACUACUGAAUGUACUGUAAACACUGUCUUCUGGUUCUCUGCGACUUAUAUCUAAUUGGCCCAUCUGUGGUCUAGACCCGUCCAAUUCUGCCUCCGAUUGGCUGCUAUGCCUACGGCUCUGUUCGCCUCUGGACAGAAGGAAGCUUGGUUAGAAACCAGCCUUCCCAGGAGAAGAGGAGAGGAAGGGAGAAGAGGAAGACACAACCUCCUGCAGUAAACCAGAGAGCCUCCUCAGACAGGCUUGUGUGCAGUCUGUGGUUGGGUUUGCCUGUGCGCGUGUUAUUAUAUUUCACUUCUUGACGGCAACUUGUUUGUUCGGUUUGUAUUAAUCUUGUGUGUGUGUAUAUAUAUAUAUAUUAUGUAUAAAAAUGAAUCAGCUGUAGCUAUUUAUACGUUCCCGAAUGAUUGAAGUACAGUGAAAUGAUCGGAGGUCUACUGUAAAGAACUAAAGUUUGUCUGUCUCAUGCAGGGUUAGCUGGGUGUGUUUGGGAGGAGAGAACACAUAACCUUUCCCCUCCUCUCCUUCUCUCACUUACUUGGGAGGUCUCUGCUGGUCUCUCUCUCUCUCUCUCUCUCUCUCUCUCUCUCACAUUAGAGUAAAGCUUGCGGCCAGCCCCUGCUGAAUGCCCUGGUAGACUCCUUGUGUCUUUAAUGGGUAACGUCAUCUCCAUCUCUACAGACCAGCAGUCGUCUACGGUUCUGUUCUACUUUUCUCUCUCUCGUCUCUGUACGCUCUCCCAUUCUAUUCUCCUUUCACCAUCUCCGUCUCCCUCCAGCUCUCUUUCCUCCUCCUAUUAAGCCACUGAAUAGGAUCCAUAGCAGUAGCGUUAUGAGACCUCGGCACAUUCAGAUGGCACCUGAAGCCCUCACAGGGACAUGCUGGAACAUGCUGGCAUCUUACUUUGCCUGAUUUUAAGGACCAAUCACGUCUAUGGUUACAAAUUGAUUUACCUGUGUCUGGGAAGAGGAGAAUGAUGUUUGCGUCAACGAGUUUGCCAGAUGUUGAUUAUAUAAUUUUAACGUAAAAAACAAUAACUGUCCUUUAUUCUGAUUACGAAUGUUUGCAUUCCAUACCUCAGAUACUCUGGACCUGGGUAACACACAUCGUGAACACCAUCAAAUACUGUUCAUCUAUUUCAUCUAGUAUUUGAUCUAGGAACUUGAACCAGAGUAUCUCAUAUUCAAACUGUCUGUGUCUUUAUUGUCGCUUGCUUCUAAUCUAAACCUAAUCUGGGUCUAAGAAUCCCUCUCAGUAGAUAAUCCUCAUUGACAUGUUUCUUAAUCUGGGGAAAGGUUUAAUCUGGUCUGUGAUAGCAGCUGCAUGGCACAUAUCUACCUAGGUGAACAGGUCUUCUGUAUGUCCCAUUCCUGUCCUAUGAUCAUUUCUCAACAUAAUUUAACAUUAUUACACCGUUUAUCUUAAUUGAAUAUUAUAUGAUGAUUAAAAUACUUCUAAACCAAUGAUUUGUAGCCUUUGCACAGUGUGCUGGUGUGUGUUGGAGCUCACAUUAUGCAGAUGGCAACGUUUACCCAAAAUAUUAAAGUACCUCAUCAGCCUUAUUUAGAUUAACAUUGCUCAGAUGUGUCUAGCUUUCAUGUGCGUGUGCGUGUGCGUGUGUGUGAAUGUUCGAGUGUGUGCAUAUUUCUGUUGGUUUUAAAAGUAACACUGGCUGGCAGACUAUGUAACCACUUGGAUCACUGACAUGUAAUUUAGUCAUGUUCAUGGUAAAUAACUGUGUAAAUGCUUACACUUGCACUUUUGCUAUGGAGUCCAGGUAUUGAGCUUUACUUAACAGUAGAGCUCCCUGUUGAGUUUCUACUUUGCUUGACUGUGUUUCAACUGCCAGAAGGAAGUCUAACUGAUCAUCAGGUUUCACAGUUUUUACAAUUUACCUGCUGCUUUUCAUUCCAAGAGAUUAACUUGUCUAUCCAUUGGUCAACCUGUCUGUCUGUCAAACGUCUUGUCUGACUGUACGGUUUCCAUGACGUCAUGCAGUGUCAAUAAAGAACAGCUGGUAUGUUAAU